AUGCAAUCUCGUUGGUGGAGUUGUGGCAUCCGGCUGGUGGCGUGGACGUGGAUGUGGAGUGUGGCGCUGCUCGGAGCGGGGUGCAUCCCCGCAAACGAAGUGAACCUGCUGGACUCGCGCUCUGUGAUGGGAGAUCUGGGAUGGGUGGCCUACCCGAAGAACGGGUGGGAGGAGAUCGGCGAGGUCGACGAGGACUACGCGCCCAUCCACACCUACCAAGUGUGCCGCGUGAUGGAGCAGAACCAGAACAACUGGCUCCACACCAACUGGAUCCUGACCGAGGGCGCCCAGCGGGUCUUCAUCGAGCUCAAGUUCACCCUGAGAGACUGCAACAGCCUGCCCGGCGGGGUGGGGACCUGCAAGGAGACGUUUAACAUGUACUACUAUGAGACGGACGGGGACGAGGACGAGCUGGAGGACGGGGAGAUGCGAGACGGCGUCGGGAUCACGGAAGAGGAGGACAGGGCGAUGAAGGAGAGCAGAUACAUCAAAAUCGACACCAUAGCGGCCGACGAGAGCUUCACCGAGCUGGACCUGGGGGACCGCGUCAUGAAGCUCAACACCGAAGUCCGCGAUUUAGGUCCUCUGACCAGGAAAGGCUUCUACUUGGCGUUCCAGGAUUUAGGGGCCUGCAUCGCUCUGGUGUCAGUGCGGGUUUUCUACAAACGCUGCCCGUUCUUGGUGAAGAGUUUGGCCGAGUUCCCCGACACCAUCCCGGGCUCGGAGGCCUCGCAGCUGGUGGAGGUGGUGGGCCACUGCGUCAACAACUCCCUGCCUUUGUACGAGCCUCCCAGGAUGCACUGCAGCACUGAGGGCGAGUGGCUGGUGCCCAUUGGGAAGUGUGUUUGCCAGCCGGGGUUUGAGGAAAUCAACAGAUCUUGUCAAGUCUGCAAAGUGGGGUUUUACCGCUCGCUGCUGGAGUCUCUGGCCUGCAGUAAAUGUCCGCCUCACAGCGUGGCCCGGCAGACGGGGGCCACCGCCUGCAGCUGUGAAGAUGGAUACUAUAAGAUUGACUCUGACCCUCCUAAUAUGGCCUGCACACGUCCUCCCUCCGCUCCACGUAACGCCAUUUCCAACGUCAACGAGACCAGCGUCUUCCUGGAGUGGUCCAUCCCCAUGGAGACGGGCGGCAGGAAGGACGUGCGCUACAACAUCUUGUGCCGACGGGUGUUGCCGGACGGCCGGGGCUUGGAGGAGUGCGGCCCCAACGUGCGCUUUCUGCCGCGGCGGGUCGGCCUGUCCAACACCUCGGUGAUGGUGGCCGACCUGCAGUCGCACACCAACUACAGCUUCCUUCUGGAGGCUGUCAACGGCGUGUCAGAGCUGGCCAAGGACCACGCCAAGCAGUAUGUGUCGCUGAAUGUGACGACCAAUCAGGCAGCUCCGUCCCCGGUGAGCGUGGUGAGGAAAGGUCACACCGGGAAGAGCAGCAUCGCCCUGUCGUGGGCAGAGCCCGAUCGGCCCAACGGCAUCAUCCUGGAGUACGAGAUCAAGUAUUUUGAAAAGGAGCAGGACUCCAGUUACACCAUCAUAAAAUCCAAGGACACGGAGAUGGUGGUGGAAGGCCUGAAACCCUCGUCGGCCUACAUCUUCCAGGUACGAGCCAGGACCUCAGCAGGCUACGGCGCCUUCAGCCGACGCUUUGAAUUCCAGACCAGCCCUUACCUAACCGCCACCAGCGAGCGUGCUCAGGCUUCGAUUGUGGCCGUGGCCAUCACGCUGGCGCUGGUCCUGCUGGCAGUGGUGGCCGGAUUCCUGCUCAGCGGACGGCGGUGUGGCUACAGCAAAGCAAAGCAGGAUCCUGAAGAGGAAAAGAUGCAUUUUCACAACGGCCACAUUAAGUUUCCAGGUGUGCGUACCUACAUCGACCCCCUCACCUACGAAGAUCCCAACCAGGCGGUGCACGAGUUUGCCCAAGAGAUCGACGUUUCGUUCAUCUCCAUCGAGCGGAUCAUCGGCGCUGGGGAGUUUGGUGAGGUGUGCAGUGGACCGCUGAGGCUGCCCGGGAAAAGAGAGAUCCAGGUUGCCAUUAAGACCUUGAAAGCCGGCUACACGGAGCAGCAGCGACGUGACUUCCUGUGGGAGGCAUCAAUCAUGGGCCAGUUUAACCACCCGAACAUCAUCCGUCUGGAGGGCGUGGUCACCAAGAGCAAGCCGGUGAUGAUCAUCACUGAAUACAUGGAGAACGGAUCGCUGGACACCUUCCUCAAGAAGAAUGAUGGCCAGUUCACUGUGAUCCAGCUGGUUGGUAUGCUGCGUGGCAUCGCCUCCGGCAUGAGAUACCUCUCGGACAUGGGCUACGUCCACCGCGAUCUCGCAGCUCGUAACAUCCUGGUCAACAGCAACCUCGUGUGCAAAGUGUCCGACUUUGGCCUGUCGCGAGUCCUGGAGGACGACCCCGAGGCUGCGUACACCACACGGGGCGGCAAGAUUCCCAUCCGCUGGACGGCUCCAGAGGCCAUCGCGUACAGGAAGUUCACCUCAGCCAGCGACGUGUGGAGCUACGGGAUCGUCAUGUGGGAGGUGAUGUCGUACGGAGAGAGGCCCUACUGGGAGAUGUCCAAUCAGGACGUCAUAAAAGCGGUGGAGGAGAGCUAUAGGUUGCCAGGUCCCAUGGACUGCCCCGAGGCCCUGUACCACCUAAUGAUGGACUGCUGGCAGCGAGAACGCAGCAACCGGCCCAAGUUUGAUGAGAUUGUUUGUCUACUAGACAAACUCAUUCGCAACCCCAGCUCAUUAAAAAAGCUGGUCAACUCUUCACACAGGGUUUCCAACCUGUUAGUGGAGCACGCCAGCGUAGAAGGGGACAGCGGCGCCCGCAGCCAGACCGUGGGCGAGUGGCUCGACUCCAUCAAGAUGGGCCGCUACACCGAACUCUUCAUGGAGGGAGGUUACUCCUCACUGGAAACAGUGGCUCAGAUGACGUCAGAGGAUUUGCGAAGAGUAGGAGUGAACUUGGCUGGACAUCAGAAAAAAAUUAUCACUAGUAUUCAGGAGAUGAGAGUCCAUAUGAACAACACUAACUCUACCGUAAACAUCUGA